AUGUCUAACGCAUUCGUUGUUGGAAUGUUCAGCUUGAUCAACGGUGUUCGUCGCUCACAGCAGACGGGCAACUCGCAGACUUUCUACUGCUUUUACGACACUGCGUUCCGCUCCGAGAUCACGACGUCAUCCCCCGCACAGCUCCCCCAACAGUUUUUCCCUUUUCCCGGAGAUCCGUCGCAGGACUCGUACUAUGAUAACGUCCCCGAGUUCGACAUGCCGUUAUUGUUUGCGGUCGGGCGCGUCAGUCCGGCAUCAGCGGUGGAUGGCCCUGCCCCACCCACACGGCGUUUUGAUCUCGCUGUCUCAGAGUAUGUGCAGAACACGGUACAACACAGCACGGCGGAGAUCAUGUUUGAUAGCUCCGUUAAUCAGCGGGCGAACACGCCUAUGCCGGCUUCUAACAUGAGUGUCGGUGUUUUGGCCGUCAGCUGUGGCCUAAACACACUGAGCAGCAUUCUUCGUUUCGAGAUGCUGUCGCUUUCUCUCAACGUGUCACCGACAGUGUCUGUAGGCAGUUCUACCUCCAAUCGCGCACCGACCACGAGCACAGGUAGUCGUAAAGAUCGCUUUUCAGCGCGAGCAUCGGAAAAGCGCAAGGCAUUUAGCGGAUCGGGUAACGAGGACGAGACCGUGGUCGACAAUAAUCACCAUGAAUCACGCGCAUCCAUUUCCACCGCUCCAUCUCACGUAACUGCAAGCUCUUCGGGCUCUGGGGAGGGCAUGUCGCGUGAAUCGAAGUUGCCGCCUGAGGCUUAUCACCCCGAGACUCCUGCAUUAUGUGAAAGUGUUUCGGCAGUCGGCACAAACUCGACCAAAGAGGAGAUACUUUCUCAGCUUGACGCCAGUCAAAUGGAGGCCAUGGUUGCGAUCAUGCGAGGUGGGAAGGUUGCAGACGACUUGGGUGAUCGUCAGUCGCCGAGCCCCGGUGGGAGAGCCAAGAGACAGAAGAAGAGUAAGAAGUAG